AUGCCCCAUGUUGUGCACGACAGCAUGGAUGAAGAAGAUGAGCGGCUAAUCUUGGACUUGAACGUCCCCUUCCUGACAAGAUCGCGACCUGCCAGCGCGAGGGUGAAUGGUGCUGCCACGAGCAGGGUCAACUACCAGACGCCGAGGAAAGGAAGGACAAGGCCAGCGUCUGCCAGGUCAGCUCAGUCUCAGUUUGAGCCGAUGAUUGACCCUCAAGUCCUGGCUUCAAUGCUCAACAAGAACAACACCUUGGACGAUGCCAUUCAAGGAUGGGAUGUGUAUAGGCACUCGAACCAAAAGGUCAGGAGUCAGCAGCGGAAGAAAUGGUGGUCUAUCAACAACUUCACCCCGUCCAGUCGCGAUUCUGACCUUGCCUUCCAGCCCCUCCCUCGAUCCGACCUGGACGAGGCAAAGAAGCAGCUCAUCUUCGAGAUGCCCUUCAUCUCCUCCUCUCGAGACACCUUGAACAGCUCCCAGCUGCCUUCAACCGCCGCCUCCUCCUCCAAGCACACCCCUUUCUACGAGCGCUUGUAUCCGAUCCCAUCAGGACCCAAGUUCAGGUUCUGUCUGAGCACCUGCGCUCUCUCCUUUUCUCCUCACUCUCCUCUCGCUGCUCCCGCACUGUCCUCCGUCUUUUCUGCAGCAGUUCGUUCCUCGCCUGCUGUUCCGUGGUCUCCCCAACCACCAUCCUCAAUGCUCCUGAAUUUCUCUUUGCUUACUUCUCCUCCAUUACCAUCUCACUCUCUGCCCCCGCCUCCUCCUGCACUUUCCCCAUUCCGCAAGACUCAUGUGCUCGCUUCAGCUCGCCAUCUCGUUCGGUCUCUGCUGUGA